AUCACUAGGGGCGUUUGUUGGGGGCGGAGCUCUGCCCUGAGUGGGCUGGGAGUCGUAGGUGCCCGGCGUAGCGGCGUUUGGGCCGAGCUGCCGCGGUGGGGAGCGAAUCCGUGGCCAUGAAGGAGGAGAAGGAUCAUAGGCCUAAGGAGAAGCGAGUAACCCUCUUGACUCCCCCGGGGGCCACAGGCAGCGGCGGUGGGGCUUCGGGGGACAGCACCAAAGGGGAAGAUAAGCAGGAUCGGAACAAGGAGAAGAAAGAGGCGUUGAGCAAGGUGGUAAUUCGGAGAUUACCGCCCACUUUGACCAAGGAGCAGCUUCAGGAACAUCUUCAGCCUAUGCCUGAGCAUGAUUAUUUUGAGUUUUUUUCUAAUGAUACUAGUCUGUAUCCUCACAUGUAUGCCAGAGCAUACAUCAACUUUAAAAACCAGGAGGACAUUAUUUUGUUCAGGGAUCGUUUUGAUGGUUAUGUAUUCCUUGACAAUAAAGGUCAGGAAUAUCCUGCCAUAGUAGAAUUUGCACCCUUUCAAAAAGCUGCAAAAAAGAAGACCAAGAAAAGAGAUACUAAAGUUGGGACUAUUGACGAUGAUCCAGAAUAUAGAAAAUUUUUGGAAAGUUAUGCUGCAGAUAAUGAGAAAAUGACAUCUACUCCAGAGACACUGCUAGAAGAAAUAGAAGCAAAAAAUAGAGAAUUAAUAGCUAAAAAGACAACCCCACUUUUGAGCUUCCUGAAAAACAAGCAGCGGAUGAGAGAAGAAAAGAGGGAAGAAAGAAGGAGGCGAGAAAUAGAAAGAAAAAGACAAAGAGAAGAAGAGAGGAGAAAGUGGAAAGAAGAAGAGAAACGAAAAAGGAAAGAUAUAGAAAAGCUAAAGAAGAUAGACAGAGUUCCAGAAAGGGACAAAUUAAAGGAUGAACCAAAGAUUAAGGUACACAGGUUUCUGUUACAAGCUGUGAAUCAGAAAAAUCUGCUCAAGAAGCCAGAAAAAGGAGAUGAAAAAGAAUUGGACAAAAGAGAAAAGGUCAAAAAAUUGGACAAAGAGAAUCUGAGUGAUGAAAGAGCCAGUGGGCAAACUUGUACACUGCCCAAGCGUCCUGAUGGUGAAUUUAAAGAUGAAAAGCCUAAGAGACCUGAAGAUGAGAGCAGCAGAGACUACAGGGAGAGGGAGCGGGAUUAUGAGCGUGACCAGGAGCGCAUACUGCGGGAGAGAGAGAGGCUGAAGCGGCAGGAAGAGGAGCGCCGCAGGCAGAAGGAGCGCUAUGAGAAAGAGAAGGCUUUUAAAAGGAAAGAAGAAGAAAUGAAAAAAGAGAAAGAAGCACUUCGGGAUAAAGCCAAGAAGACUGAAAGUACAGAACCAGUAGGCAGCUCAGAAAAAACUGAAAAGAAAGAAGAAGUGGUUAAGAGAGAUCGCAUAAGAAACAAGGAUCGCCCAGCAAUGCAGCUUUACCAACCAGGAGCUCGAAGCCGAAAUCGACUCUGUCCCCCUGAUGACAGCACCAAGUCUGGAGAUUCAACCAUAGACAAAAAGCAGGAAAGUGGUAUUAGCCAUAGAAAAGAAGGAGGCGAGGAGUGAUAAGUCCCAAUGGCCUUCGGUGUCCUGACUGUCUAGGCAGCCAAAGAGCACGUAUUAAGCAAUCCAGAAGUGCCUUCAGGGCAAAGGAAUAGAGAGAGAAAGGGGGUCGCUGUGCUGGUGGGGUCCACUGCAGAGGAGUAUGUUUUGCGUCAAAGCAGGAACCUGAUUGCAGGUUCAGAUUGGAAGUACAAUUUCAUUUUUUAUGCAGUUCCUACAAAUUAAUUUUAAAGUGUCAGACAAAGCUGAGGGAGAGGACAUGCAUUGCAAUUUGCAGGCAGGAAAUGUCAAGAGAGGACUUAAUUAGGUAUGACAUGAGAAGAAGAUAUGAGAACUGUCUCUAAAAUCAAAAGGCUUUGUUCAUCCUGGAUUGAAUUUUCUUAAUUUCCGUGGAGCAGAGUCACUUUGAGGUCUUGUUCAGGUCUAGUUAUAGUCAUUGUUGGUGAUAACUGUUGACUUUGUGUAGUGUAGAAGCAACAAGCAUGUGAUUGUAAUACAGUGAAGGAUAUAACAAAUUUUCGCUUAUGCAAAAAUUUAGUCAUGUCUAUAUCCUAUAUCCUAAAGUUUCAGGAUUCGUUUUAUUUUUUUUGUUUGUUUGCUUACAUGAGCUUAGCAUAAAAAAUUUUUUUAAGACAUCUUCUGCCUUUAGCAAUUUUUACAUUAGUAGGUAAAGUUUAACCCUUAUUUGUUGCCUGACAAUCCAGUCUUUGUUUUAUCUUAGGUCUCAUGAGCUGAGUGCAUACCCUCUCCAGGAAGGAAACUGCACAAAUAUUUGUUCCUGUUAAAAUAGCAACUUUUAGUCAUAGCUUGUUUUGCAUUGAUGUCAAUAAAUAUCAACAUCACUCAAGUAUGAAGCUAAGUGUGUUUAUUAGUUUUACUAAAUAGCUAUUAGUUUUGAGAAAUUAAGCUUUGGGGGGUGCACACCCACAGCAUGUUCAAGUUCCCAGGCCAGGGUCCAGCUCAAGCUGCAGCAGUAACCCUAGCCACAGCAGUGAUAAUGCUAGGUCCUUAACCACUAGGCACCAGGGAACCCCAAGAAAUUAAACUUUUGAUACUUAAUUGAUUUGGGGGGAAUGUUGAAAGGGGAUAAAUGAUAAUUUGUUUCUGCCUUCACUAGCACUAUCCUUUAUUUUGCCCACCAAGAAGACUAAAUCAUGGUCCAGGAGUUCCCAUGUGGCUCAGAAGGUUAAGUAUCUGGCACUGUCAGUGCAGUGGUUCCAGUUGUUGCUGUGGCGCGGGUUUGAUCCCCGGCCUGGGAAAUUCCGCAUGCUGUGGGUGCAACCAAAAUAAUAAAUUU